CGUCAUCGGAGAGGGACGAUGAUGGCGGCGGUCGGUGCACCAGAAGUGAUCACACAGCUGGAAAGCGCUGCCAAAGUUUUAAUGGCACCGCCGUCCAUGGUCAGCACAGAACAGAGGCAACAUGCAGAACACGUGUUCCUCUCCUUCAGGAAGUCCAAAUCUCCUUUUGCUAUCUGCAAGCACAUCUUAGAGACCAGUAAGGUCGACUAUGUGCUGUUCCAGGCAGCCACAGCCAUCAUGGAGGCUGUUGUGCGGGAGUGGAUCCUGCUGGAGAAGGCCAGCAUCGAGUCGCUGCGGGCAUUCCUCCUCACCUACGUCUUACAGAGACCCAAUGUGCAGAAAUACGUCCGUGAGCAGAUCCUUUUGGCUGUGGCGGUCAUCGUGAAGAGAGGCUCUCUCGAUAAAUCCAUGAACUGCAAAAGCAUCUUUCUCGAGGUCGGACAGCUCAUUAGCAGCGGGAAUCCCACAGUGCAAACUCUGGCCUGCUCUAUCCUGACGGCACUGCUCAGCGAGUUCUCCAGCUCCAGUAAAACCAGCAGCAUCGGCCUCAGCAUGGAGUUUCACGGCAGCUGCAAGCGAGUGUUCCAGGAGGAAAGCCUGCGUCAGAUCUUCAUGUUGACCAUGGAGGUACUGCAGGAGUUCAGCCGCAGAGAAAACCUCAACGCCCAGAUGUCGUCUGUCUUCCAGCGUUACCUGGCUCUGGCCAACCAGGUCCUCAGCUGGAAUUUCCUGCCACCAAAUCUGGGGCGCCACUACAUCGCGAUGUUUGAGGCCACGCAGAACGUCACGCUGAAGCCUGGGGAGACCUGGAGGGAAGCGCUGCUGGACACCCGUGUCAUGGACCUCUUCUUCACCGUGCACAGGAAGACUCGGGAGGACUCGGACAUGGCACAGGACUCGCUGCAGUGCCUGGCCCAGCUGGCCUCCAUGCACGGGCCCAUCUUCCCAGACGAGAGCGCCCAGGUCUCCUACCUGGCUCACCUGGUGGAGGGCCUGCUGAGCAUGAUCAACGGGAUUGAGAUCGAGGACUCGGAGGCAGUGGGCAUCUCCAAUAUCAUCUCCAAUCUGAUCACCAUGUUCCCUAGAAGUAUUUUAACAGCACUGCCCAGCGAUCUCUUCACCUCCUUCAUCAACUGCCUCACUCUGCUCACCUGCUCGUUUGGACGCAGCGCCGCCCUGGAGGAGGUGCUGGAUAAGGACGACAUGGUUUACAUGGAGGCCUACGACAAGCUGCUGGAGUCCUGGCUCACGCUCGUCCAGGACGAGGAGCAUUUUCCUCGCGGUUGUUUCGUGCAGCCGGCGAUCCAGGUCUUCAACUCGUAUAUCCAGUGUCACCUGGCUGCUCCCGACGGCACACGCAACCUGUCAGUGAAUGGCCUAGCGUCUCAUGAUGAGGAGGAAAUCAAUGAGCUGCAGGAAGAUGACAGGGAGCUGUUCUCAGACCAGCUGUCCAGCAUCGGCAUGCUGGGACGUGUAGCUGCUGACCACUGUAUCCCCCUGCUCACAAACCUGUUGGAGGACCGGGUGAACCGGCUUCACGGUCAACUCCAGAGGACACAGCAGCACCUCAUGGCGACCUCUGACCCUGGAUCAAUGGACCGCAAAUACCUGGACGACCUCUAUGAGGACAUCCACUGGAUCAUACUGGUCUCAGGGUAUCUGUUAGCAGACGACCCUCAAGGUGAAACUCCGUUGAUCCCCUCAGAGGUGAUGGAGUUCUCCAUCAAACACUCAACAGAGGUCGACAUCAACACAACGCUGCAGAUGCUCGGCUCGCCGGGAGAGAAGGCUACAUCCAUACCAGGCUGCAACAACACAGACUCUGUCAUUAGGUUACUGUCAGCGGUGCUGCGGACAUCAGAGGUGGAAUCUCGGGCGACCAGAGCGAGCCUGACGGAGCUGCUGAGUCCACAGAUGGGAAAAGACAUAAUGUGGUUCCUCCGACGCUGGGCCAAGACGUACCUGCUGGUGGAUGAGAAACUAUAUGAGCAGAUCAGCGUACCCCUGAGCACAGCAUUCGGUGCAGAUACAGAAGGGGCCUCGUGGAUUGUGGGAUAUCUUUUGGAGAAGGUGAUCAACAAUCUGUCGGUGUGGAGCGCAGAGGCGGAGCUGGCCAAUGACACCGUGGAGCUGCUGGUGACGCUGGUGGAGAAGAGGGAGAGGGCGAACAUUGUGGUGCAGUGUGAGAGCUGGUGGAACCUGGCGAAGCAGUUUGCCAGUCGCAGUCCGCCCCUCCACCUGCUGUCCAGCUCUGUGCAGAGGUCACUGAUGAAGGCGCUGGUCCUCGGAGGCUUUGCUCACAUGGACUCUGACACCAAACAGCAAUACUGGGCUGAGGUGCUUCACCCUCUUCAGCAGCGUUUCCUCAACCUCAUUAACCAGGAGAACUUCGCUCAGAUCAGCCAGGAAGAAGCCGUCAAAAAGGAAAUCGUCGCCACGUUAGAGGCGCUGUGCGGCAUCGCAGAGGCAACGCAGAUCGACAACGUGUCCUCGCUCUUCUCCUUCCUCAUGGACUUCCUGUCCAGCUGCAUUGGCCUCAUGGAGGUUUACAGCAACACGCCAGAGACAAUCAACCUCAUUAUUGAGGUUUUUGUGGAAGUGGCUCACAAGCAGAUCUGCUACCUGGGAGAGACCAAGUCCAUGAAGCUGUACGAGGCGUGUCUGACGUUACUGCAAGUCUACUCCAAAAACAACCAGUGUCGGAAACGAAGCGAUGCAGCGGCAGAGGAGGACCAGUAUCAGGACCUGCUGCUCAUCAUGGAGCUGCUCACCAACCUGCUGUCCAAAGAGUUCAUCGACUUCAGCGACACAGACGAGGUGUUUCGGAACCAAGACCAGGGAACACCAGCCUCCAGCCGCACGGUAUCAGCAGCAGAUGUGGUUCUUUACGGCGUCAACAUUGUACUUCCACUCAUGUCGCAGGACCUGCUCAAGUUCCCGUCUCUGUGUAACCAGUAUUACAAGCUCAUCACCUUCAUCUGUGAGAUCUUCCCCGAAAAGAUUCCACAGCUGCCUGAAGACCUCUUCAAGAGCCUCAUGUUCUCGCUGGAGCUCGGAAUGACUUCGAUGAGUUCAGAAAUCAGUCAGCUGUGUUUGGAGGCUUUGUCUCCUCUGGCUGAACAGUGUGCCAAAAACCAGGAGAAGGACACGCCUCUCUUCAUUGCCACCCGUCACUUCCUUAAGUUGGUGUUUGACAUGCUGGUUUUGCAAAAGCACAACACAGAGAUGACGGUGGCGGCAGGAGAAGCUCUUUACACACUCGUGUGCCUGCACCAGGCGGAGUACUCGGAGCUGGUGGAGACGCUGCUGUCCUCUCAGAGAGAUGCCGUCAUCUACCAGCGGCUGGCCGACGCCUUCAACACGCUGACGGCCAGCAGCACGCCGCCCACCAUGGACCGAAAACAGAAGGUCGCCUUCCUCAAGAGCCUGGAGGAGUUUGUGGCCAACGUUGGCGGCCUGCUCUGCGUCAAAUAACCACUGGAAACCGCCUCUGCCUCGAAUCGUCAUUUUUGAAAAGCAGACUUCCCCCCCCUCGCGCCCCCUUCCAUCCCUAUGAACUAUGGGUAAAAGAGCUCUGAGGACCUCGUUGUCUCUGCGCCUGCUGGGGAAUCCAUCUCAUGCCUGAAUGUCGACCGGGUUUUCACCUCCUUGGAUUCCUUUUUUUAUUUUCACCCCAAAGCCACCAUCCUCUCCUGCACCACCCUCACCAGCAUGAUUGACAGAUUUGAUGAUGAUGAUGUGGUUACCAUAGAGACUAAACUGCAGAGCAGACAGACUCAGUCGGAGGAUCACGCCCUGUUGGUCGGAAGCGACAGAGCGCUGAGCAUCAUGACCACGAGAGACAGAGCAGAGGCUAAUGUUGACAGGGUCCACCCCCACCCCCCCACACCUCAUCAUGUGCCUGGAGGU